GAUGAGUCGUCGUCUCUUUGUGCAUCAUCUCGUCGGCAAAAUCUCUCCGAGAGAGCUCUGCGCGAGCGGAAGAAACCCUCGAUUCCGAUGAAGCUCUUCAAGAAGCUCCGCGAUCAUGGCCGCUCUAGCGAGGUUCCCGGUUGCUCCCUCUUCGUCUACGCCCCCUCCGUUGUCUCCUUCUUGUGCCUCUGACCACCGUGCGGCGGCUGGUGGCGCGGCGGCCCCGGCUAACCCUUCUCCGCCGUCGCCGUCUGAUGCUUCCCGGACUUCUCCGGCUGGUGACUUUAUGAUGUCUGAGGAGGAGUUUCAGGUGCAGCUAGCGCUGGCGAUCUCGGAUUCGGAGUUUAGGGAUGAUCCUGAUCGGGAUCAGAUCCGGGCGGCGAAGCUUCUUAGCUUGGGGAAGCAGCGGAUGGAUCCGAUUCGGGAGGAGGAUGUUUCUGCCGAUGUGCUUUCUCGUCGGUAUUGGGAAUAUAAUAUUCUUGAUUAUAAAGACAGAGUUUUGGAUGGGUUUUAUGAUGUACUUGGGUUGUCAAUUUCUGCAAAUGAAGGAAAGAUUCCGUCACUAGUGGCUCUCCAAAAUGGAAAUCUUGGUUUUGAAGCUAUUGUUGUCAAUCAUGCUAUUGAUCAUGACUUGGUUGAGUUAGAGCAAGUAACACAGUGUAUAUUGCUUGACUGCCCUGCUGAGGUAGGAAUUUUAGUUCAAAGAAUGUCUGAACUUGUAGCCGGGCAUAUGGGUGGCCCUGUAAAGGAUGCUAGUAUCAUGUUAGCAAGAUGGUUGGAGAAUAGUACAGAGUUACGAACGUCACUACAAACAAGUGUAUUACCUAUUGGUUGCAUAAAAUUAGGCCUAUCUCGCCAUCGUGCUUUGCUCUUCAAGGUCCUUGCAGACAAAGUUGGUGUUCCUUGCAAGCUAGUCAAAGGAAGCCAGUACACUGGGGUUGACGAUGAUGCUGUUAACAUAAUAAAAUUAGAUACCGGAAGGGAAUUCUUGGUUGAUCUCAUGGCGGACCCUGGCACUCUUAUUCCAGCAGAUGUACUGAGCAUAAAAGAUGUGCCCUUAAGUUCAGGUGAUUCAAGACUCGCAGAAAACUUCAAUUCCUGGGCCACAAAUAAAUCAGGGGGUGACUUAUUGGGAUCCAAACAGUUAUAUGAAAAUGAAUCUGGAGCUUCAUCAUUAGAUAAUAAUAUCUCAGAUAAAAGGUCAAGGCAUGAGGAGACAAUACUAGUACCUUCUGUUGCAAGUAGUGGAAUGUCAUCCAUAACAGUUGGUAGUAGUUCAAGUACAAAUGCAAAGGGUUUGUCUUCUGAUCAGCCAAAUCAGUUCCCUUCAAAGCAGAAAGGCAUUGCUGUAUCACCUUUGGAUGUUAAUAAUUCGAUUAGUGAGAAACUCAGCAUAGUAUCAAGUUUACAGAAUGCUGAAGAUUCUAGAAACCUUUUUGCUGAGCUGAACCCUUUCCAAGAAAUUGGAGUCAGAAAAACUUCUGGACCACCCAAAGUUACUGAUAAUAAAAAAUAUGAGUAUCAGAGGCGCAGAGAAAGCAUUGCCCCAUUACCUGCAAGGCCUCAACAGCCAUUGAUUUGGAAAAAUCGCCCUGCUUGCAAUGAGGUUCCAAACACAAAGCAAUAUAAAUUUGUGGAAGGAAUUUUACCGAGAAAAGAGAUAGGAAUGAAUGAUCUUAAUGCUUCCUCUUCUCAUCAAUCAACUGCAGAUGGGAAGGCAUUGCUUGAUGGUUCUAGUGGAACUGGUAGCUCAUUUGUCACUGGCAGAGAUACUUCUGAUAGUAAGAGGAAUGGUGCCUUCAGUGCUGGUCGUCCUUCUGAGUUCAAAAAAUUGAACAUUUCCUCCGAAUUACAUCAAGAUGGUAGGAUGUAUAUUGGCCAAACUACUUCACAAGCUAAUAAACAACUGAAUCAACCAUCAGAAAGAAAAAACAGAAAUGAAGACCAGAUGGCUUUGCAAAGCUCUGCUGAAAUGAAUGAACCAAUAAAUGACAUUGAAAAACAUGAUCAGAAGAAGCACUUGGGUGAUAGUUUUAUGGGGACAGACAUGUCAUUGAAGAACCUAGAAUCCUCUUCCUCUCCUUCGGAAGUGAGGUCAAGCAGACUUGAUUCAAUGCUUGAUGAUGUGGCGGAACCAGAAAUCCCGUGGGAACACCUUGUCAUUGGGGAAAGGAUUGGAUUAGGUUCUUAUGGGGAAGUGUACCGUGCAGAUUGGAAUGGCACGGAAGUAGCUGUGAAGAAAUUCCUGGACCAGGAUUUUGAUGGAGAUGCUUUGGACGAAUUUCGGAGAGAAGUGAAAAUAAUGCGUAGGUUGCGGCAUCCAAAUGUUGUUCUUUUUAUGGGUGCUGUGACUCGCCCUCCCAACUUAUCAAUUGUUUCAGAGUUUCUUCCAAGAGGAAGUCUGUACAGAAUUCUUCACCGUCCAAAUAGUCAAAUUGAGGAGAAGCGAAGAAUCAAAAUGGCCCUUGAUGUGGCCAAGGGCAUGAACUGUUUGCACACCAGCAUACCAACAAUUGUCCAUCGUGAUCUGAAAUCACCAAAUCUGUUGGUUGACAAGAACUGGACUGUGAAGGUCUGUGAUUUUGGCCUCUCAAGGUUGAAGCACAGCACAUUUUUAUCAUCAAAGUCAACCGCUGGAACACCUGAAUGGAUGGCACCAGAGGUGUUGCGCAAUGAACCAUCAAAUGAGAAGUGUGAUGUGUACAGCUUUGGAGUGAUAUUAUGGGAACUGGCAACUCUGAGGAUGCCUUGGUCUGGUAUGAACCCAAUGCAGGUGGUGGGUGCUGUUGGCUUCCAGGAUCGCCGUCUAGAGAUUCCAAAAGAGGUUGAUCCUCUCGUAGCCAAAAUAAUCUGGCAGUGCUGGCAAAAAGAUCCAAACUUACGGCCUUCCUUUGCGGAUCUCACAACAGGUCUCAAGUCUUUACAACGGCUUGUUGUCCCUGCUUAUCAGGAUGUGCAAAACCCACCUUUGGCACAAGAAAUAUCAGUAAACACAACGCCUUGAACAUACUAAAUGGUAUAUAAGCUUUAAGCUAAGACUAUCCAUCCGUUUAUUACUUUUUGUAGUGCUUAGUAGUGCCCUUAAAUCAGGAGAUGUGAAGUGUAAUGCUAGUUUAGUUUGCCUUUUGGGCUAGAGCAAAAAUUAAUGCCCAUUUGGCCUGUGUCUAUGGAGACUGUACAGGAAUGCUCUUUAUGUCUAUUCAGUAUAUAUUGGUACUUGUAAGUCCGAAGAACUUGCAGUGGCUUGUAGGAGUUUCUUAGGGUGUUUUCUUUGCUUUGUACCCAAUUGAAAACCAGGGAUAUUAUAUAGACGAAAAUGGGAAGACCUUAUGCCUGAUUGUGAGGAAAGGGAGUGGUGCCCGGGUUGAGUGUAAUUAAGUUGUGUAAAUAAUAGUGACGAUACUUUGAGUUGUUGAAAAAUGUGGUCUCUGGAAUCUUUAAGAACUAGAUUCCAUUUCCUGAUUGAAUGAAUGAAUGAAUGAAAUGAAAAGGAGAAUAUGACAUUGUUAUA